AACUUCCAAGUUUUGGCAGUUAUAAAUAAAGCUGCUGUCAACAUGUGUGCAGGAUUUUGUGUGGACAUAAGUUUUCAACUUGUUUGAGUAAAUACCAUGGAGUGUGAUUGUUGGAUCGUGUGGUAAGAGUAUGUUUAGUUUCGUAAGAAACCACCAAACUGUCUUUCGAAGUGGGUGUACCGUUUCGCGUUCCCACCAGUGGUGAGCGAGAAUUCCUAUUGUGCUGCGUCCUUAUCAGCAUUUGGUGUUGUCAGUGUUUGGGGUUUUGGUCAUUCUAAUAGUCACGUAGUGUUAACUCAUUAUUGGUUUAACCUGCAUUUCCCUGAUGACAUAUGAGGUCGAGCAGCAGAGUUCCUUUUUAUCACGUGAGGUAACAUAUUCACAGGUUCUGGGGAUUAGGGCAUGGUCAUCUUAUUUAGACUGUCACAAUCUUCUCAAUAUUAAUUCCGUGAAAAUGAAAAUUUUUCUUUCCCUAACUAAAGCAGUACCUCUGUAAACCCCUCUCCCUGCAUCCUUCCCCAUCUCAGUAAAUGGCCCUCGCAUCUAAUAAUCAUUCACUGCAGACACUCCCUCCCUCCCCCCUCAUCCAGUCCCUCAUGUGCUUCUGCCAUAUCCACUUCUAAGAUGUAUCUAGAGUCCAUCCAAUCAUGUGUCUUUGUGGCCACAGCCACCACCCUAGGCUAAGCCACCACCAUCUCUCGCCUGAACCACCAUAACAGCUCUCUAAUUUUUCUCUUCAACUCUUGCCUUUUACUAUAUUCUCUGUAAAUCAUCCAGAUUAAAAAAAAAACAAAAACCACAAAGCAAAACAUGCCAUCUUCCUACUUUAAUACACACUAAUACAGUAGUUUCCUUUCUCAUAUGGAAUAAAAUCUAAACUCCCUCCUAUAGCUCAUAAGGCCCCUCUUAAAGCACAUCUCACUCUGCUCUCUUCACCACCAUAUUCUUGCCACGCCAGCCCCCCUCAUUUUUCUCUAAAUGGCCCAAGCCAUGCUUCUUGCAUGUGGUUCCUCUGCCUGAACUCUUCCCCCAACUCUUUCCUGACUAAAUCCUUGUCAUCUUUUUGGUCUCAGCUGAAAUGUCUCCUCCUCAGAGAUGACUGUCCAUACAGCCCCACAUUGCUUUGCACCCACUUUUCUCCACCACCUCACCCCUUUACGUAGUCUUCAUAGACUUAUCACUAUUGGUAACUACUCAGCUGUUUACUUUAUGUCUUUCAUCUUCUCUCUCAGGUUGUUAAUUCCACGAAGGCAGGGCCAUUUCUGCUUCAUUCAUCAUUGGAUUCUUCAUUGGUAUUUGGCACUUAGGAGGCACUGAAUGCAUUUUGUAUAUUAUCCUCACCCUGACUUUAUCUUACCUUUUUGCUUUUAUUUUCCUUUUUUAAGGGAAAAUACAUUUUAAAAAAAAAUUUCCUUUGUGGGAGUAUAGUUGACUUACACUGUUGUGUUUGUUUCUGCUGUACAGCAAAGUGAGUCAGUUAUACUGUUUUCCUUUUGUUUGGAUCUUCUAUGGCUUUCUGCUGUAGCAAGAGAAAAACUCACAAAGUCCCAGGAUCUACUCAGAGUUGAGGAGGUAGAGCUAUCUCUGCCCUUCGCCCCUCCCCAGUUGUACUAUGUGUCAUGGGUAAAAGAAAUGUUUUCUACUAGUAUUAUCUCCCAAGGGGAAAGUGGGAUUCACCCCAGAAUGCCAGAUAGGCCAUGGACCAUCUAAGGGGAAAGCCAGAAUGCCUUUCUGGACUUGGGAUUAAAAUUGCUCUGCCUAAUAAUGUAAAAAGCUUAUUUUCACUCACUGGGGGCAGAGUGCUUCCUUAGACUAAUAUGAUGCUAAAUGAUUUUUUUUUUUUCUCCCACUGGCUAGGUUUGGAGAUAAGAAAUACUUAGGCUGUGGAUUCUAGGGAGGAGGAACCAGGUUCAGAGCUUGUCUGCUUGCAGAGGCAAUGAGGACACUUGAGAUGAGCAGGGUGUGAAUGUGUAGGAUUCCUCAGGAGAGCGAUGACCAGUAGGGGAUACCCUGGGAGAAAGAGGUCCUUAGCACUUUUCUCCUGAUCUCUGACCCUUGAGCAGGUGGCACACAGAGUACCUUCCUUCAUUCUGCGACACAGUUGUCGUAUUCCUUGGCACAGUGCCCUUGGCCUUCCAUAUAUGCUAUUCUAUUCAGAGCUAGCGAAUAGCUUAUGGAUUUAGGUUCUCGACUGGGUCAGGAAAGCCUGUAUUGGCAUCAAGUUUGUCGAUCCUCCCCAGGACCUCUUUCCCUAUAGGUGCCACAUGCCAUGAUUUAUACACAAACAUGAUUUGCCUGAUUGUUGCAGUCUGGGCCCAGAACAAUUUUAAUUAACAGGAAAAUGGUCCUCAAUCCACCGAUUAGACCUCUUCAGGUACAGCAAGAUAAAAGCCUGAUAAUUUGGAUGGAGUACUCUUCUUAAAUGUCUACUCUAUACACAGCAGCCAAUGGGAAAGCCAGGCUGUCUCCCACCUGAUCCAAUGAGUAAUUAAGAGAGGGCUUUUUCUUCCCCAUCUCUCCCCUCCCUCCAUCCCCCACCCCAACUAAAGCUUAACAGGUUGGUGUUAUAAUUUGGAGACUUUCAGGGGUGUCAUGCUAGGAGCUUAGGCAAGAGACAGGGCGUCUCUCCCCCAGCUCCCCAGGCAUGUCCAGCUGGAUUUGAAAAGCAGGCAAGUGACAGGAGAAAAGAGGUGGAAGCAGGCAAAGUAGGUAACGUUUCUCAGCAAAGUUUGAGAGGGGCCUGUGGCCAUGAGUGAGCUGGGCACACAGAAGACCAGCGAUGGCACCGUCUCUCGCCUGCUCAAUGUGGUGGAAAGUGAGCUUCAGGCAGGGAGGGAAAAAGGCGACCCUACGGAGAAGCAACUUCAGAUCAUCCUGGAAGAUGCCCCUCUCUGGCAGAGGUUCAAGGAAGUCACUAAUGAAAUGAUCGUGACCAAGAACGGCAGACGGAUGUUCCCGGUCCUAAAGAUUAGUGUCACGGGGCUGGACCCCAAUGCCAUGUACUCGCUCUUGCUGGACUUUGUCCCAACGGACAGUCACCGCUGGAAGUACGUCAAUGGGGAAUGGGUGCCCGCGGGCAAGCCAGAGGUCUCCAGCCACAGCUGUGUCUACAUCCACCCGGACUCCCCCAACUUCGGGGCCCACUGGAUGAAGGCGCCCAUCUCCUUCAGCAAAGUGAAGCUGACCAACAAGCUCAACGGAGGUGGGCAGAUAAUGUUGAAUUCUCUGCAUAAAUAUGAACCCCAGGUUCACAUAGUGCGUGUUGGAGGUGCCCAUCGAAUGGUGAUGAACUGCUCCUUCCCUGAAACCCAGUUCAUAGCUGUGACUGCCUAUCAGAACGAGGAGAUAACAGCUCUCAAAAUCAAGUACAACCCUUUUGCCAAAGCCUUCUUGGAUGCUAAGGAAAGGAACCACCUCAAAGACGUUCCGGAAGCUAUGUCUGAGAGCCAGCAUGUGGCCUAUUCUCACUUGGGAAGCUGGAUCUUCUCCAAUCCGGAUGGAGUAUGCACAGCAGGAAACGCCAAUUACCAGUAUGCUACUCCUUUGGCUCUAUCUGCUCCCCACACCCACCAUGGCUGUGAGCACUAUUCCGGCCUCCAAGGACACCACCGGCAGGCUCCAUACCCUUCUGCGUACAUGCACAGAAACCAUUCUCCCUCAGUGAAUUUGAUAGAAAGCUCCAGCAAUAAUCUGCAAGUUUUCUCUGGAGCUGACAGCUGGACUUCCUUACCCUCCACACCCCAUGCCAGCAUCCUGUCUGUACCUCACACCAGCGGACCGAUCAAUCCAGGGCCUAGCCCCUACCCGUGCCUGUGGACCAUCAGUAACGGUGGCGGGGGCCCUUCCGGGUCGGGCUCAGAGGUGCACGCCGGCUCCCCGGGAGCGUUUCUCCUGGGUAAUCCAGCUGUGACUUCGCCCCUCUCCACCCAGGCUCCUGCUUCGGCUGGUGUGGAGGUUCUGGGGGAGCCUUCGCUGACCAGCAUCGCUGUGUCUACCUGGACAGCAGUGACCUCGCAUCCCUUCUCAGGCUGUGGCAGCCCGGGUCGGGGUGGGCGCCAGUCUCCCUCCUCCCUGGAUAGUUAAGCAGGAUCCUAGGAAAGUUGUCAGCAGAGAACCUGCUAGGUGUAGAGCUCUUAGAAGUCUCACCUACUAAUCCCAGUGAGUCAGACUGCAGAGUCUCCCCACCCAGUGAACGGGGUUAUACCAGAAGCCUACAGGGAGAUGGUUUAGUUUGGAUAAUGCUAAUUUUGUCACCUGCAUCUCUCCACCAUUUUCAUUUUGCGCUCCCAUUUUCUCUGCAACUUAUCCGUGCUAUGCUUAGGCAACAAAAGUUCGCUGAGUAUUUUCCUCGUGCCCUGCCCCUUACUGUCAAGUGAUUCUAGAAGGCUGUCCUUCUUGUUCUGUGGAGGUGAUGCAAGGCUGUUAAGCGAGCUCAAAAUUUACUUAGCCUAAGGCCACUGCUUUGGAGCUUUGUGCAGCCCUGAAAGUAUGUGUGGCCACAGAGCCUCUGCUUUGAGACCAAGAAAGGCCGUAAGUCCAUGGAGUGAAGUUAACAAAAACAGAGCUAAUCACAUAUUACAGCGUAGAGAGUUGAGGAAAUGAGAUCAUGUCACUCCCUGGUUUAGAAACCUUCGAUGGCUCACCAUUGCCUACAGAUUGAAGUCGAUCUCCUCUGCCAUCUGCCCUCAAACCACUUUUCCAGCUUUAGCUACCUGUUUUCCCUUUAGCAUACUAUAUUUCAGUAAAGGCAUACAUUCUGCCCCUGUCUUUUGAACAUUCAGUGUACUCUCCCAGCUCUAUACCUACUCCUGUACCUGAAAUAGCCUUCUCUGUUCAGUCCUACCUGUACGAAUCCUGCCCAUCUCCCAGGGACUGGCCAGAGCACCACCCACUGCAUCAAGCAUCUGAUCUGCUGGGCUCCCUGACUUCCCACUGGUUUUGCCUCUGUUCUAGAGCUCACCUCAAUCUGCCUUGUAUUUUUAGUACCUGUGCGUGUGUCUCUCUCCCACUAGACUGUGAGCCCCUCGAGGGUGAGGCCCAGCCUUCUUGUCUCUGUUCCCCAUAGCAGCAUGUUUCUGUGCCUUGCCUAUAGUAGGUGCCCAAUAAACACUGGUUGAGUUGAGUGCGUGUGAAGUGCAUGUGCUAAAUGGACAGUUGUGGAGCUCACUAGGGGGCAGAGCUCAGAGACACGUGUCCCGAGACAGGGCAGCAGGUC